AUGUCAAGCCAGGGUCCUUUGACAACCUGGCUUCUACAAAGCUCCCCUCAAUCCCUCACCCGUGCAACAACCCAUCCUUUCCUCGCCGCCGCCGGCAAAGGCACCCUACCCAAAACAACCCUCUCCCAAUGGCUCUCCCAAGAUAGACUGUACGCUCAAUCCUACAUCCGCUUUAUAGGCCAGCUCCUUUCAAAAAUCCGCCUCGAUUCUCUUGCCGUAAAACCAAAUGUCGUCUUCGCCUCAACGGCGGACCAACAAGCCGUUGAUGUCCUCAUCGACGCCCUCGUGAACAUCCGUACGGAACUCCGCUUCUUCGAGUCCACUGCCAAGGAAUAUGAUCUCGACCUCUCCGCCAUCUCGGCUGAUGAAGGCGGACUCGGUCUCGCCGGCAAUGGCUCUGGACGAAUUACUACCUCCGCGCAGAUCUCGACUACGGGCUCGGGUUCUUGUCCUGGAUUUACCGGGGCUGCCGGUGCAGGGGGCGGCAAAGCGAGUGGGAGUAGCAAGACUGGUGGAAAUGAGAGUUGCAAAGAUGAGCAUGAUCUUUCUGUCUCGACUAUCGAAUCUGGAGAACUGGAUUCUGGUGAUAGUGUCCUGCACCGUCUUUGCAGGUCUCAGGGUGAAUGUCAGAUGCAGGCUAGUGGCGAGGUGUGUAACCCGUCCUCGACUGUGUCUAAUACUGGUGCUGCCUCCACCUCCGACAUCUGUAAAUCCGAGGGAGAGCCUGUGAAGCCUUCUUCUGGUGGUCAUACUGAGUCUAUCCCGCCGUUGGAGCGCGGUGGGCCUGUUGUCUUUGCUGCGACUCGCAGUACGCGUGCGUAUAUCGAUAUGUUCAUGUCGGCGGGGAGUGCAGGUGUUCCCAUUAUCGAGGGAUUGGCUGUGUUGUGGGCGACGGAAGUGUGUUAUCUGCAGUCUUGGAAGUAUGCGGCGGCAUUUUUGAAGGCAAGGGCGGAGACUGAUGAUGGGUCUAAUGAUGCGGAUGGGGGUGCUUUGAGGGAGAAGUUCAUUCCUAAUUGGUCGAGUGAUGAGUUUGAGGAGUUUGUGGAUAGGAUUGGGGAGGUAUUGAACCUUUUGGCGAGUCAGUGUAAGGGUGCGGAGGAGUGCGAGAUGAUGCGUGGGCGAUGUUUGGAGUGGUGGAGGCAGGUUGUGUGGCUGGAGGAGCGCUUUUGGCCAGUCAUGGAUUAA